AUGUACGCACAGCUCCUCGCCGUCCUUGCAUUGACGCGUUUCUUCACAGACACGCCCAUUCUUCAGUACGCGCUCGAGCUUGAGUUACUCGAAACCAAUUUCUAUUCUGGUGGACUGCAAAAGUUCGACCAGAAGGCUUUUAGCGACGCCGGAUUCCCGUCGUGGGUUAGGGGCCGUUACGAACAAAUUCGGGAACACGAACAGACGCACGUCGAGUUUCUGCAAGAGGUGCUCGGUCCAGCAGCCCCUCAGCCUUGCGAAUAUGACUUCCCAUACACGGACGUCAAGUCGUGGGUCAAGUUGUCCAUGAACAUCGAGGGCGUCGGUGGGGCUGCUUACCUUGGAGCCAUAUCUCUCUUGCAAGACAACACCACUACCGCAGUUGCUGCGUCUAUCCUGUCGGUAGAACAACGCCAAGAAGGAUGGAUUUCCUCCGCCGUUCUCAAGCACGAGCCGUGGGAUGGUGCGUUCGAGACACCGCUCACUAUGCCGGAGGUAUGGUCGAUUGCUUCACAGUUCAUGAAAUCCUGUCCCUCGUCGAACCCUCCUCCUCCGAUCGGGCCGCUCCCUGUCCUUACGAUGGAUGAGUGGGUCAAGCCUGGAUCAAAGAUACAAUUGAAAUUCGACAACCCGAACCCCGGUACCCAGUUAUACGUGGGAUGGUACAACGGCUUAAAGUCUAUCUUCACCACUGUCGACGACAGCCUCUACACGGUCGUACCACACGGCCUCCACGGAACCGCUUACGCUGGCGUCGUUUCGAACGACGCAACCCCCCGUUUCGACAACCCGAUGGUGACCACCGUGGCCAUCGUUAAGUUCCCGUUCAAUUCGAUGGCAACGGAGAAAGGUAAAGACUGGAAGGCAAAUGCGUGA